AUGUUCUCCAAAAUCACUACCUUCAGUCUCCUCACCGUCCUUGCUACUGGCGCCUCGGCAGCCCCUACCUCUUGCAGUGCGCCCUGGACCUGGGAUGUCACCGGCUUCAGCAGCGUCUGCACCGCAGCAACAUGCCGCUACUCCUUUAAUGUCUCCGCCCCUACCGGUCCCUCCGGCCAACCACCCUUUGACGCCAGUUUCUGUUCUGGCACCAGCGUCCAGGGCGGCUACAAAUCCUGCGGUGUAGUUGGGGUUGAUGUACCGGGUGAUGUACAGACGCAAGAAUUCAAUCAAGGCAUCGAUAUUGGAGCCAUUAUCGGUGUGCAAUACACAUUUACGCAAGGUGAAGUAAAGUACACGUACACGGGUAAAAACGUUGUCGCGCAUACUGGACAGGGUCCUGCGGUCGAGUUCCAGAUCAUUCCUACCGAGGUAUCUGCUGUGGCUUAG